GCGCAUGCGCGAGUGCAUAAAAUGGUUUGCAUUUUAGAACGGUUUUGAAGUGAAAUCGUUUAAAAACUAUUAGAAACAAUUUCUUUGUGAUUAUUAAAAAGAAAUUGUUGACCUAUUAAUGGAUUUGUUGUGAAGUUAAGUUUUUUAAAUAUAUAAAAAACUUGUGCUUAUGGAAUUUCUUGACGCGUAAACGGGUUUGAGUCCCAUCGGCUGUUUACUAUGGAUUUUGUAACCACGUGAUUAUAAUAAUAUAGUCUAUUAUUAUCUAACGUGGCCACGUGAGGAAUCAAUUUAGUGACAUUUCAUUCAAAUUGUUUGGAUUCCGUUGAGAACAAUUUUACUGGCAGUGUGUAAUUAUUGAUUUGUCCAGUGAUACCAGUGGAUCGACAAGAAACCAACAUCAGCGAAAAUAGUGUUGUGCCUUGCGCCAUUACAAAAACAUGACAAGGACGUAAAUAAUUAGCCCAGUAACAAAACAUGCACAUUUGAAAGUAAUAAAAAAUCAAGAUGACGUCCAUCAUAUUGACUUUGUUGGGUGCAGUGCUUAGUGUAGUGGUAGUGCAAGUGUUUGGACACGUGGCUUUGACCUAUCCGCCAGCGAGAAGGUUCGAUUUGGACUUUUUGGACAAUUCCAGGACGAAAGCACCAUGUGGCAUGCCCAAAGGAUCAUUAAAAACAUCGUUCCUAGCAGGAUCAACAUUUACAGUACAUUGGCAUUUAGCAUACGCACACCGAGGAGGGUUCAGCUUGCGGAUCUUAGACGACCUUGAGAGGCCAGUGUUAGACUUGACGCCGCGCGCGGGCGGCUCCGAAUUUGUUAGAGAUGAUGUCACAGCACAGAAAUUUGAAGUUCGUCUUCCUGGCGAUUUCACCUGCGAGAACUGCACACUACAGCUACAAAGGGAAGCAGGAGAAUGGGGCAGCAAUUACCGCUUCUGGUCGUGUGCGGACAUUGACAUUGUUUCACGCAAAGACUAUCACGAAACAUGUUCCGGUCACGGUUUCCACAUCCUCGGUCGUUGCAAGUGCAACAAAUCGUUCUACGGACCUCGGUGUCAGUUCUCCGAUGAAUGUGCGGAGGACUCCGAGUGCGGCCUGAGGGGCAAAUGCAUUGACAUCAACGCUACUGAGUCGCCCAGCAAGUCAUGUUAUUGUCCUCAUGGGUUUUACGGAAAAGGAUGCAAUAAGAAGGCUCCAUGGAAGGACAAGACCAUAAACCUCGCUAUGUACAGCCACCGUGAGCUCUCGAAGCUCUUCAACUUGUAUUGGAGGAUCGUCAAGGAUGAUCAGGAGAUGGAAGUCGUUAUGGUCGUUAACGGGACUUCUUAUGCUGGGAUCGGUUGGCGCCCAAGUGGUUUAACAAAACAGUGCAAAAACUUCCCUGUAUUAGGACCCCCUCUUGAAGACAAAUCAAGCACACCAAAACCGGAACCCUUACCCGAACCGGAACCCAAAGCAGAACCCGAACCGGAACCAAAAUCCGAACCCGAACCGACGCCCGAACCAAAAGCCGAACCUGAACCAACUGCAGAACCUAAGGCUGAACCAGAACCUGAACCAAAAGCCGAACCCGAACCAUCCCCAGAACCAAGAUCGGUUCCUAAACCAUCUCCAGAACCAACCAGUGAAACGACAUCGCAGGCUUCAGAAAAUGACAAUAGAAAUAAACGCGUGGCAAUGCAUUCUUUAGACGGAAUUGAUUUUAAGGACUUUGGAGAUGAUGUGUCUGUUAAGACCAGCGUUUCAUUCAAGGUUUCCAGCUCUAAAGGGCGACGCAAACGCGCGGCACAAGACAACCCACAUUGGGAAACAUCGACCUCUGUUAGUGUCCAAGAGAACUUUAAAUCCGAACCUGGCACCACAGAACUCAUUGAAUCCAGUUCUCAAUCCGUCACACCAAAAUUAGAACAAAAAACGACCUUUAGACCUAAAUUCAUUCCUAGUAGACCAAAGUAUGCACCAAAGUUUAGAAAAUUCUCACAGCUGAACGCAACCACCACAACCCAGAAGUCUACCGAAGAAUCUACAAUUCCUGAACCCGAACCCUCGCCUGAACCAACCCCUGAACCAGAACCCUCACCCGCACCAUCUCCAAAACCAAAAUCCGAACUUGAAACUACCUCAGAAAAGAAAUCUAAAUCCUCGUCAACCAUUGACCUAAAAAGGAAUAUAGAAUUUACUUUUGAAGCUACGGCUGAACCAGAGCCUACUGCCGAACCAAAAUCUGAGCCGGAACCUACAUCCACAUUAAAAUCUGCAACCAAGUCAAGUACUGAGCUAAAAUUAAAAGCAGAAGAAUCAUCUGAACCCACUCCUGAAUCUGAACCAGAACCGUCUCCUGAGCCAAAAUCCGAACCUGAACCUUCUCGAGAACCAAAAUCCGAACCAGAACCAAAAUCCGAACCAGAACCUUCUUCCGAGUCAAAAUCCGAACCCUCGCCCACAGCAGAGCCUAAAGCUGAACCAGAAUCAUCCCCUAAACCGACAUCAGAACCUGAACCAACCGCUGAGCCGAAAUCUGAACCGGAACCUUCUUCGAUACCAAAAUCCGAACCCGAACCUUCGCCUGAACCAAAAUCCGAAUCUAAACGUUCUCCUGCACCAAAAUCAGAACCUGAACCUUCUCCUGAACCAAAAGCGGAACCCGAACGAACCCCUGAACCAAAAUCCGAACCCGAACCUUCGCCUGAACCAAAAUCCGAGCCAGAACCUUCGCCUGAACCAAAAUCCGAACCAGAACCUUCGCCUGAGCCUGAACCAAAAUCCGAACCAACUCCGGAACCGAAAUCCGAACCCGAACCUUCUCCUGAACCGAGACCCAAACCAGAACCAUCCUCUGAAUUCAUAAAACCCAAAUACGCAGCAGAAACAGAGACGUUGCUAGUGAAGGGACUUACAGAAGACGCAGAAUCGUUCCCCGCCCACGACUACGUGCCGAAGUUCGAUUUCAACCCAAUGGACUGCACCGACAUCGUCAUCGGAACCGCCAGAGGGAAUUACCAUCGGGUGUUGGAUUAUUACACUAGAGACAGAUCGACACCACGCGUGGACACGUUCUGGGGCGGACAUGACGACAUCACAGCUGCGUCAGGGUUUGAGGAGAACGGAGUCACUACUAUUAUGUUUAGGAAGAAGCUUAAGGCGAAAGAACCAACGGACCAUUCGAUAGUGGACGACUUGAUGCACGUAAUCUGGGCCCGAGGCCAGGAACCGAAUCAGUACAUCCACGCGCCCCCUUCCGGCCUGGAGAGCGGCAGCGCGUCCGUCCGCGACUUCUACCGGCAGGACGAGCUCAAGUACCACGGCCACGGCGGCCAGAGAGGCGUCGCUAGGAUCAAUUUCUUUGACGAAACCAAAACGUCUGCGGCGGGAGGUAUAACGUCACUCGAAAACAAAUGCGGUGCGCAAUGGAAGUACCCGUCGAAUUGUGAUCUUAGCAACAACACUUGCCAGUACUACGCUUCGUGGGAGUACUUGGGCCAGAAGAUGGGGAAGGAUUCCAUCAGGUUCACUAUCAAGACAAAGGAGAGUAAAUACUGGACUGGAAUUGGGUUUAGCAAGGACAAGAAGAUGUCCCAGACGGACGCCAUCCUGGGCUGGGUGGACCCCCGCGCCAGCCGGCCCUUCAUCAUGGACACGUGGGUGUCGGGCUACGCGGCGCCCAAGAUCGACGCGCAGCAGCACGUGGCCUCCGCCUCGGGCAGCCUCGUCGAGGGCCUCACCACCCUGAGCUUCGUCCGCCCGAGGAACACCAAGGACCCGAAGGACUUGGCGUUCACGGACGAGCAAUGCCUGUACAUGAUGUUCAUAACGCAAGGCGGCGGCUUUGACGCCGUCAACAAGCGCACCAGCAAGCAUUUGCAGACCCCUGUGGUAACCGAGGAGCGAAUCUGCAUUCGGCCCUGUGGCCCCGAGCCGGGGGAAGAGGAGCCGACGACGGAGGCCGUGCCCCCCAGCGUGCAGACGUACCGCGUGCUGAUCCGCGUGACGGGGCUGGGCGAGGGCUACCGCCCCCCCGCCAAAGGCACCCCCGCCUUCGACGAGCUGGGCGCGCAGCUGCUGCCGCCGCUGCGCAGCCAGCUGCAGGCCGACAAAGGCUUCUACGACCUCAACUUGAACAGCUUCUUGCAGAACGAAACCAAAGCGAUGAUCGCAGACCUGACCCUGAGGUCGCUCGAGUCGAACUCCAUCGAGGGCUCGAGCGCGCGCUCGCUGGACGCGGGCCCCGGCGCCGGGGGGGUCCAGGGGGGCGGGGGGGCCGCGGGCAGGUGGCGGAGGGUCGUGAGGGACACGCUCGCCGCGGGGAGGGUCGGCAACCUGGCGGUCGACCCGGAGUUCUUGGUGCUGGAGCCGCAGAGCCUGUUGUCGACCGUGUCAUCGACCGUGUCAUCGACCGUGUCAUCGACUCGUCCGAACACGGAAGAGUCCGACAACGCUCGCACCUUCUUCGGCCUGGCCGAAACGAAGCUGUACGUCGUCGUGGGGUGCGUCGCUGCGUUGAUAUUAGUGGCGUUGUUGCAGGCAGUCUGCACUUUGUAUCGGAGUAGAAGCAACGGGAGAAACAAGGAGCAGCUGCUCCCGGCGGGCGCCUGGAAGGAGUACUCCAGCCACAGCAACUACGCCUUCGAGCCCUUCGCGGCCGACGACAAGAGCCACGGCACGGCGUCCACGGCGCCGCUGCGCGACCGGCCGCCCGCCCGGCCCAGCAACCCGCCGCCGCCGCGCCCCGCCAGCGCGCCCCACCAGAACGGCAGCAAGGCCCCGCCGGGCCCCGCGGCGGCCAACGGCGGCGGCAGGGCGCCGAAGGCCAACAGCGCGGCGCAGUACUACCACGAGACGCGCUCGCUGCAGCGGCCGCGCGGCGGCGGGCCCGGCCCCUUCGGCUACGGCCCCCGCCCAGAAAGAGCGACGUAUUCCCUCCCCAGAGGCGUCAGAGGCCCAGAUACAACUCUAUCGCCACACCCAGACUUUUACUUCAUGCCAUCGCAGAGAAAAUACGAAGGUGAAGUUGUUAGAGUUUAUGUUGACUACAGAGAUAAAGAUAGGCGGCGAGAUGAGUAGCCUUAUAAGUAGGGGGAGAAGGGUGCUACAGUUAUGUACUUAAUAGAGUUAAGCACUGAGAUAAAAGGGGUUAUAAUGUCCCAAACAACACUAAUGGAAGUCAUUUACAACUUUGACAAUCACAACAUAGGACAUGAAAUUUUGAAUAAAACUAUGUGAAUAGGUUUCUUACCAUACCGUGACAUGACGAAAUAUCAGAACGGUUGCACGCUCUAUGGUCACUGGUUAUGGUUUUAAGAACUGUUAAAAUCUGUCUACCCUCUUUUGUUGUCGACGACUACCCUCAUCUUGAAUUCUUGCGAUGUCAGUUAGGUGUAAGUUUUCCGUGGUAUGAAACGUAAUAAUUAUUUACAGCAAAGAUUCCCAAAGUUUUUGUCUUGUAGACCACGUUCCAAUUUUGUCGGUUUAGCGUAGAUUGCCUUGCCUUUUUAAUUUUUUUU